CUUGACUCUCUCCUGCUCUCUCUCUCUUGGAGAAAAUUGCACUCGUGUGUACAUUGGUGUGUGUCGAAUUGCCAUGGUAGAUUUAGACAAGAAGACGAAGAAGAACAACGGCAGCGUGAAGACGGUAACCAACGGCCAGACCAAUGCGCCGUCAUCGUCGUCGAACAUGAACGAUGCGAGUCGUCCCCCCGUUACGGAAGCUACCGUAGAUAGCACGGUGCGCAGUGUUUCGCGUUUGAUCCAAGCCUUAAUCUUCGCGGCUGUCCUUCAAGUACUCUACCGAGCGCUCGUGGAAGCCUACACGAUUCGAUUGCACGCCAUUAACGAAUACGGACGCGUCAUUCACGAGUUUGAUCCUUACUUCAACUACCGCGCUACGGAGUACCUGUACGAGCACGGAUGGCAAGCCUUCUGCACCUGGUUCGACUACCUUGUCUGGUAUCCUUUGGGUCGUCCCGUUGGUACCACAAUCUACCCCGGUAUGCAGGUCACCGCCGUCGCUUUGAAGAACUAUGUACUCACCGAUAUGUCCAUCAACGACAUUUGCUGCUUCAUCCCCGCCUGGUUCGGGGUCACAGCGACAAUGGCGGUCUUUGCGUUGUCUUUCGAGUGCACCCGAUCCACCGCACGCUACGACAUUGUACCGGCACAUCUCUUGCGCUCCAUUGGUGGCGGUUACGACAACGAAAGCAUCGCCAUGACGGCCAUGGUUCUGACGUUUGCCGUCUGGACGCGGGCCUUACGAGAUACUCCGGAAACGAACGGAUCCGGCUGGUUACCCGGGACCAUGCUGUGGGGUGCUUUGACCGGGGUAGCCUAUUUUUACAUGGUGGCAGCGUGGGGUGGCUACGUUUUUGUCCUGAACGUGAUCGGCGUGCACGCGUCGGUGUUGGUGCUGCUCGGACGCUAUUCAACCAAACUGCAUCGGGCCUACUCCUGCUUUUACGUGGUCGGUACCGCGCUGGCGAUUCAGGUACCCGUUGUGGGAUGGACGCCCCUCAAGAGCCUGGAGCAAAUGGGACCACUCGCGGCCUUUUUGGGAAUGCAACUCUUGGAAGUCUGUGCCGUCAUUCAGCGCAAGAACCCGGGCAUGUCCCAGAAAAAAAUCUGGAAGCUGCGGAUGCAGGUCUUUGGUGGCGCUGGAUUGAUUGGCGCGGCCCUUGUUUUUCUGCUCUUGCCAAACGGCUACUUUGGUCCGUUCAGCUCCCGGGUACGUGGACUCUUUGUGAAGCACACCAAGACUGGCAAUCCGCUGGUCGAUUCCGUUGCGGAACAUCAAGCCGCCUCUCCGGAAGCGUAUUUUCAAUAUCUACACAAGGUGUGCUACCUAGCUCCCGUUGGACUGCUCAUGGUUUGUUUGUUUUCCUUCAACGACUCGAGCUCGUUUUUGCUCGUGUACGGUGUGGCGGCGUACUUCUUUUCUCACAAGAUGGUCCGGCUUAUCUUGCUGACGGCGCCGAUUGCAUCCGUUACGGCUGGCAUUGCUUUGGGUAAAUUUGUCUCGUGGGCCCGGAAUACUAACGGAGAUGGAGAAGACGAUGUUGUAGCAGCGGGCCAACCCCUCUAUAUGCGCAUCGUUCGUUUGGCUAUCUUUGGCGCAGUCGCUUUCCAGUCCAUCCCCGAGUUCAAAAGCUUUUGGCAAAUUUCCCACGAAGUUGCGGUACAAGUCUCGCACCCGACAAUUAUACAAAAAGCACAGCGUAGGGAUACUGGAGAAACAAUCUUUAUCGACGACUACCGUCAGGCAUAUUUGUGGCUCAAGAACAAUACUCCGGAAGACGCCCGCAUUAUGGCUUGGUGGGAUUACGGGUACCAGAUAACCGGCAUCGGGAAUCGCACCACUAUUGCCGACGGAAACACUUGGAACCACGAGCACAUUGCCCUCUUGGGACGGACGUUAACGGCCCCAGAAAAGGAAGGUCACCGCAUUGCUCGCCAUCUCGCUGAUUAUGUUCUCGUUUGGGCCGGCGGCGGUGGCGACGACGUGGCGAAGUCUCCACACUUGCGACGCAUUGCCAAUUCGGUGUACCGUGGCUUGUGCCGAGAGCCGACUUGCCGAGACUUUGGCUUUCAAAGUAAGGGAAACCCGACCGCUGAUAUGCGAAAGAGUCUCUUGUACAAGCUGCACAGUCACAAUUUGGUCCCUGAUGUGCAGGCCGACCGAAAUCGAUUCCGUGAAGUUUUCACCAGUACAUACGGAAAGGUUCGAAUUUACAAAAUCUUGAGUGUUUCCAAGGAGAGCAAAGAUUGGGUUGCGAAUCCGGAAAAUCGAGUUUGUGAUGCCCCAGGUAGCUGGAUGUGCCGGGGGCAGUACCCACCGGCUCUCAAGAAAGUGUUGAGUGAAAAGAAAGAUUUCAAGCAGUUGGAAGACUUCAAUGCGAAGAGCGACCAUGACGAUUCGGACUAUCAACGUGAGUACAUGGAAAAUGUCAUGCACAAGAAGCAAGUCCCGCGUCCAAGAGACUCUAAGAGUGGGCAGGAACCAAAAGAACCAAAGGAGCAGCCCUCAGCGAGGCACGAAGUAGUUAAACUUUCCGAUGAAAAGAUUGAGGCCCUGAACCAAAAUUGGGAGAACAACGAGCGCACCACACUUAUGUGGGAAUUGAUAUCAGAAAAUCGCUUGAAUGAUAUGGUGCAACUAUUGUACGAAUCCCCUGAAUUGGUGCACCUCCGCAGUGCCGAUGGGCGUGGACCUAUGUUCUGGGCUCACGAGUAUGGCAGAUCGCAAUUCCUUCAAGUCUUUCGACAGCUAGGCGUUCGAGAAGACCGAAAGGAUGCUGUUGGAAAAACGGCUCUCGACAUGGCGUAGGUCCAACCAGUUAUAUGACUACACAUGGUUAAGAGCUUUACUAAAAUUAGCCACCGAUUUUGCAUUCGUCA